AUGGAGCCCUCGCGCGCGCCCGUGCUGCGCCGCCUGCUGCUGCCGCUGCUGCUCCUGCUGCUGCCACUGUCCCCCCGCGCCCGGGCCAAGUACGUUCGGGGCAACCUCAGCUCCAAAGAGGACUGGGUGUUCCUGACAAGAUUUUGUUUCCUUUCGGAUUAUGGCCGACUGGACUUCCGAUUCCGGUACCCUGAGGCGAAGUGCUGUCAGAACAUCCUCCUGUACUUUGACGACCCGUCCCAGUGGCCAGCGGUGUACAAGGCCAGGGACAAGGACUGUUUGGCCAAGGAGUCGGUGAUCAGGCCAGAGAACAACCAGGUCAUCAAUCUCACCACCCAGUACGCCUGGUCGGGCUGUCAGGUGGUGUCAGAGGGGGGAACCCGCUACCUGAGCUGCUCCAGCGGCCGCAGCUUCCGCUCUGUGCGUGAGAGAUGGUGGUAUAUCGCGCUCAGCAAGUGUGGGGGAGAUGGGCUGCAGUUGGAGUAUGAGAUGGUCCUUACCAACGGCAAGUCUUUCUGGACCCGGCACUUCUCAGCUGAUGAAUUUGGGAUCCUGGAGACAGAUGUGACCUUUCUCCUCAUCUUCACCCUCAUCUUUGUCCUCUCUUGUUACUUUGGAUAUCUGCUGAAAGGCCGUCAGUUACUCCACACGACGUAUAAAAUGUUCAUGGCUGCAGCAGGAGUGGAGGUGCUGAGCCUCCUGUUUUUCUGCAUCUACUGGGGCCAGUAUGCCACGGACGGCAUCGGUAAUGGCAGCAUAAAGAUCCUGGCCAAGCUGCUCUUCUCCUCCAGCUCCCUCAUCUUCCUGCUCACGCUCAUCCUCCUCGGGAAGGGAUUCACGGUGACACGAGGCCGCAUCAGCCACUCAGGCUCCGUGAAGUUGUCUGUGUACAUGACCCUGUACACCCUCACCCACGUGGUGUUGCUCAUCUACGAGGCAGAAUUCUUUGACCCAGGCCAGGUACUCUACACGUACGAGUCUCCGGCUGGCUACGGGCUCAUCGGGCUGCAGGUGGCGGCCUACGUGUGGUUCUGCUAUGCCGUGCUGGUCUCCCUGCGGCACUAUCCGGAGAAGCAGCCCUUUUACGUGCCGUUCUUUGCUGCCUAUACCCUCUGGUUCUUCGCCGUUCCUGUCAUGGCUCUGAUCGCCAAUUUUGGGAUCCCCAAGUGGGCCCGAGAGAAGAUCGUGAACGGCAUCCAGCUGGGCAUCCACCUGUACGCCCAUGGCGUGUUUCUGAUCAUGACCCGCCCAUCGGCGGCCAACAAGAACUUCCCGUACCACGUGCGAACUUCGCAGAUCGCCUCCGCUGGGGUCCCUGGACCCGGAGGGAGCCAAUCAGCAGAUAAGGCCUUCCCGCAGCACGUCUAUGGAAACGUGACGUUCAUCAGCGACUCGGUGCCCAACUUCACGGAGCUCUUCUCCAUCCCCCCGCCUACCUCCUCUGUAAGCUCCGCAGCCCCGGCGCCCGAGGAGCUGCUGGCGCCGCCCCUGGAGUACCUGACCCCGCUCCCCGCCCCGCCGCCACCCCCUGCUCCCUGGCGUCUGAGCCCACCCCUGGCCUUCCGUACUCCCCGUGCCCCAACGCCCCGCCUCGACCGUCCCCCGGCGCCCGCGCCCACCCUGCCAGACUGGGUCCUGGCGCUGUUGCGCACGCCCCCGAGGACACCCCGCGCUGUGCCCCCGCCGCCUGCCUUCCGAGGCUGGUCCCCAUCUCCCCCACCGCCUCCAGAGUUUGCCCGGCGCACCCCGACGCCACCCCUUGAGUACCUGGCCCCGCUGCCCAGGCGCCCUGUCACCCACUCCUUCCCUGACUGA